AGCUUGCCGCUAGCCUAAAGAUACACACAGGAUCUGUGCUCUGUGUCUUUAAGUGACACCAGUGCAACCAUUAACACACCCCAUUAUCGUCCUGGGAAGAGAGGGCACAUCUGAGCACAACUGAAUACAUCAAUGUAAUUUCAUCCUGAUCAUUUAAAGAAGCGAAGCGCCCACGUUUUUUUGCGUAGGCUAGAAGAAUUUCAUCACUCAGUUGCCUACUGACCCUGAUGCCGCCUCAUGGAUCCAGGUGGAAGUGAUCUGGAGUCGAGUCUGCCUCAGACCGAGAACCCCUACCUUAUCGUUGAAGACUCCCAGCCUGACAGUGUGGCCUUGGAGGACGACCCGGAUAGCGGUUAUCGCGCCAUACUCUCCCGCCGCUUCUCCAACCAUCAGCCCACCUCCCAAAGCCCAGUGCUGGAGUUGAUCGCCUCCCCUUCUAAAAGCAGAGGCGCUGAAGGUGAUUACCAGACUGAAAAGAUCACCAGUGUAACAGAGGCUGACCAUAGUUCAUCUCAUCUGGACUCAGCAGCUGAAGAGCGUAGUCAAAUAUUUGAAGUUUGUUCCCGUUUUAAUACGAAAAGAAUUAACCAAGAGGACAUGGAGUCCGGAGCUGAUUCAACCACUCACUGUGCACAAACAGAAGAAGGAAUGUCUCAGUUGGGUCUUGUGCUUUCUGAGAGUCAGGGAUUCAACUCGGAGGCACAAAAUAUAGAGAGUGGUGAUGAGGACGUAGAGGUGACGCCUGCCAACCUGUCGCCAGCAGACAGCCAUAAACCAGCCAGCCAAACUGGACAGAAAAGCUCAUCUACAGCCUUAGACGGUCAAGGUGACAGACUUAGAAGACCAGAGGUGAGCUCCAGCAGUGCCUUGGCUUCUGAGAGGGGAGAUGGCAGAGCUGAGAAAGAGCUGACCAUCCAGGCCUUACUCCACUCUCAGGUCGAUGAGUCUGAUGAGGAAAUUGUGUCAUCUCAGGAUGAUUUGUUUGACGGAGAAAGGAGUGGCUCUAAGGUUGACAGCACAGUAGCAGAGCUUGAGAAUCAGCAUCACCAGCAGACUCCAACCCGCACUCCUGCUCAAAGUAUCAGCGUACUGCAGCCAUCCGGCCAAGACACAUUGGUUCAGGAAAGCCUGUCACAGCAGUCUGAGGAUUUUGUGGGAGCCACCCAGGACAACCUAUACCAAACACCUUACAUUAUUCCAAGUUCACCCACAGGACAAGAGAAUGAGCAAGAGACUACAGAACCAGCAAAGGACACCUCUGGGACCCAUAAUGAUGAAGCACAAAAAGGCCAAGAAGAACCAAUGGAUGUGGAUCCUGUCCCAGAGACCGCAGUGUCAAAUGUAUCCCAGAGUUCCUUGGAGAAAAGCUUGUCCUUGCCAACUCAGCCUGAAUUUUCACAUGAUGUUUUUGUGCCUACUCCCUCCUUGGAAUCUUGGGUCUGCAGUCAAGGUCCAGAGGAUUUAAGGAAAAAGGAGGCACCAAAAGAAAGUCAAUCUUCAAUCCUUGAUGCGGAAGCAUUCAAACAACCUGCAGAAAGCCAGGCUCCUCAAGUGGCUGCAUGUUUCCAGUUGGAGCUAGAGAGUGAAAAUAGUGUUUUUGAUAAGAAAACUCAAGCAUUCACUGUGGAGGAUGACAGUCAGGCCACACAGAUUGAGGAAAUUGAGGGGCCGGUAGGAAAGGAUGAGAGAGACUCUGUCCCUGUGCACCACGAUGACAAAACGGACAAAAGCAGCACAGAUUGUGGCCUUAAUAAAGCUGCUAAUUUACAGGGGAUUUCUCAGGAGGCUGACCUGAAAACUACGGAGAAUGAAGAAUAUUCCUCUCAAAAGCUGUCCUUGCCGUCGACAAAGGGGCUAAACAAGGUAAUAAAUGACAGCGUGGCUAAGUCUCAGGAGAUUCAGUGUAUUUCGAACACUGUAGCCUGCCAGCAGAAAGAUGAAAGUGGCUUGAGUAAAGAUUUGACCUUGAGUAGGUGCUCACAAAGCGAAGAACAGGCUCAGAGACCCACUAGCACAAGUCCUGUUCCCUCUCAGUCCCAAUCUCAGUCUGUCAUAUUUUCUCACAAAAAUCCUCCGGAUGAAGGAGAACCAGUAGUCGACCAUGACCGAAGAUUGAGCCAGCCCAUGUCUCAGAGUGAAAAACUUGACAAUGUUAACAGCACUAAGGAUGUCGAUGAGGACAGAAUGGACGAAGGAGAGAUACAGAGCACUAGCAGGACUGAAGGCUCUGGGUUUGGCCUGGCGCUUUCUCAAAGCCAGAUCGAGUCUCCAGAGAAAAUGGAGGAUGAAGCGGAAGACUCCCAGCCAGUCAGCAGCAAGCCUGAGGAGAGCCUCGGUGUCAUAGUCCUGGACGAGAGCGAGAGGGUCUCCCAGGAGCAAGAGCCUGUUGAGAAGUCACCACUGUUUAGAAGUUCCUCACAGCCUGUCAGGGGGUCCCCGAAGGAGAAAUCUGAACCUGGAAGAAAAGUCACAGGCUCCCAGCCAAACAGCUCAGGCCAGAAUUUGCAGGUGGCCAGUAGAGCUGUUUCCAGUGAUGCACAGGCUAGUAAGGGAGCACCCGGUGGAGGAUCACAGGUUCUGAAUGUGGGCAACAAAAGCCUGGGUGACAGCUCAGAAGACCUUCCAUUCCACUUCACGCUUCCCACAGAGGGCGAGCUUAUCGCACCAGCUGCGAGCGCAACUCCUCCACACGUCAGACAGCUAAAGAACACACCGCUCCACAGCACUCCUAUUGAAACAAGUACUUUCCGUGAUCGGCCGGAGGAUGACUGCACCAGGGAGACGACGAUGGCAGCCAGUGAGAUCUCAGUCGAGGAGAGCGGGGAUGGAGAGGAGCUGGCAGCACAGGGGGUUGAUGGGAAACUGAGUCUCAGAAUGAAGGUGGUAACCCCUGUAGAAGAAGGCAGCUCAGGGUCUGAACGCUUCAGCCUGCAAAAACCGUCCUUAUCAGAUGAGGAGGGCUCCGUUUCCAAGGCUACUACUGUUGCCAAGGCUGUUACCAGCCCUCAGUCCAUCUUCACUCGGGUUCGUGAGGUUCACAGACAGCUACAGGUGGGCGAAGAAGAGAAGGAGCCCAGUGAUCUGUCACUCAGACCACUAAGCCAAAGUGACCUCUUACACAGCGAGAACCCUGAUCCGUGUCUUGAGGCAGUAGGUAAUGGUAAACCAGACCAGUCAUUACGGCAGGCCAACGGCACUGCGAUGCUCUCAGAACCUCUGGCUAAGGAGCAGUCUUCCACAGCUAAUGAACAUGAAACUCCCAGCACUUCUGCACAGCCACCUCGCAACCCUCGGCAGAGAGCUGUUUCACAGCAAACCAGUGUGGACUUGUCCUCAACAACUAGUCCUCUCAACAAAAAGGCAGUAUCGCAACAAAUCAGCUUUGAUGUGUCUGGACCACAGCUCCCAUCAGGCAGGAUGGAUCCAGUCACUCCAACCCGCUCACAAUCAGGUCCUUCUCAUCGCAGGCAUGUCCGCACCAUUCAAGAAGUGCGUACCACCAUCACUCGCAUUAUUACAGAUGUGUACUAUGAAGACGGCAGGGAGGUGGACCGUAAGGUCGUUGAGGAGUCUGAAGAGCCGGUGGUGGAUCGCUGUGUCAUGGACAGCGAUAUCUCUCCCUCACGUACAGGAAGCUCCAUGACCUCAGGGGACCUGGCUGAUGUGAGCUCUCUUUCAUCUAAGGCUGCCUCCCAUUUUAGCUCUAGUGGGACCAGCAGCGGAGGUCCACCGCCCAGCGGGAUGACUAACUUCAUCAUGCCUUCCAGCCGUGGAGCCAAGACUGGCAGCCCCAGGCGAGGGGGUAGACAGGCAGUGGGGUCAGAGCUAACAGGCAUUUGGGGUUCUCCGUCCAUUGCCCCGCUAAGCCCCCGAGGCCACGGGCGUCGAGGAAGACCCCCCUCACGAGGUCCACUUUCCAGGGGUGGAAGAUCAGCACAGAGAGGAGGCGCCCAUGGCCCGGCCAUGUCUUCGUCAGAAGACGAGCACCUCAAUCGUACAAAUGCCCGCAUCCCGCCUAGUCGCCUGGAUACACUGAACACCACGUCCCCAGAAAACAGUCAAGGGGGCAGCAGCUUCAUCGGACUCCGUGUGAUGGCCAAGUGGUCAUCCAAUUCUUUUUUCUACUCGGGCACCAUCACUCGGGACCUGGGAGAGAACCGCUUCCGGCUCCUGUUCGACGACAAUCAGGAGUGUGAGGCACAGGGGAAAGACAUCCUGCUGUGUGACCCCAUUCCACUGGAGACUGAAGUCACAGCAUUGACAGAGGAGGAGUUCUUUAACACAGGAAUCGUGAAGGCUCAUAAGCGCCAAGGUGCCGAGCUGCUGUACUGCAUAGAGAAAGAUGGCCAGAGCACAUGGUACAGCAGGACUGCAGUGAUUCUUACCAUGGAGCAGGGCAACCGCCUAAGGGAACAGUUUGGCCUCGGCCCAUAUGAACCCUCCACUCCUCAGAACAUGGCAUCCGAUAUUAGCCUUGAUAACCUUGUAGAAGGAAAGCGCCGUCGCCGUGGAAACAGGCCCGGGCCUGAAACACCAAACAGCAGUUCCACAAACAGCCCAAGAACCCCGGGGAAACGGAAACUCGCAAGUUCUACAGAGGACGAGAGGACACCGGCAAAGAGAGGACGCAGAGGGGGUGGGGCCAGAUCGGGUUUGAGAAUGGCUCCUUUGGACACGUCUGGGAGCGGAGCUGAGCUGCCCUCUGACCCCAGUGACCUACUCGUGACUCACGGCUCUCUUCCUGAGAGCACAUCUCUCUUCAUGGGCUUUGUCUUCAUGCUAACUGCAUCCUCUGACAAUGACAGAAGGUCCAAACAGACUACUAGCGAUGCAGAGGAAGAAUAUGUGCCAACUGCUCCAUAUAACAAGCAGUACACAGAGAGGCAGCUAGAGGCUGGUGGAGGAAUGAUCCUGCCGGAGUUUAAUGAAGAACAGUGUAAAGCAGCAUAUCAGAGUCUAUUGAUUGCGGAUAAGCAUUGCCGCACGCAGACCUACCUUCUGUGUGUGGCGGGUGGAGUGCCCUGUGUGUCUCAGGUCUGGGUGCGUGACUGCUGUCAAGAGAAGAAGCUCAUGAACUACAGGAACUACCUGCUCCCUGCCGGAGUGGGGCCAGAGAAACGAAUCAUAGAAUGGCAUACACGCUGUAACCCUUUCAAAGCUUUGAAGGUUCUGCUGGUUUCAGAAGAUCGUGUGGAUUUGUGGACGUCCUUGCUUACCAUGUGUGGGGCUGCAAAGGUCAAGCAACAUAAAAUAAGCAACAACAGUUCUGAUAUUUCUGUGGAGGGGUUAGAUCUGGUCGUGGCUGUAUCUCCAUGUCCUGUGGAUGUCCUGAAGUGUGUGAUGGCCACGAACACGCCGAUGGUGUCUCUGGAGUGGCUCGUUCAGUGUGUGAUCUGUGGGGAACGUCUGGCCUACGACAGCCAGCCUGAGUACCAUCAUGAUUACUCUUCUUAAGAUUUGUCCCGUCUGUAUUUUUUUAAACAUCCUUUACUGUUUUAGCACCUGCCUGCUUUUACUGUAUAUAGUUUUAAAACUGUUUUUGACAUAAUAAACUGUGCGUCUCCUUUUUUUCCAUUG